AUCCUUGAGAGACGAGCAACAGGAAGGGGAAGGCAAGGUCGCAAAAUUCGACUUCUUGGUUGCUUGUGGAUGACUUCAUAGACAAGCCUUCGGCUGCCUCUCUCCUGUCUGAACAAACCUGGAGGUUGGAAGUCUUUGCAGAGCGCAGGUGGCUCUGGGAGCACGGAGCUGGUUGUAACUUAGCACAUCCCGGUGGUGGAAAGACUAUGGAGGGGUCCCAUGGAAUGGCACACCCUGCUGCUCCCUUCAGUGCAGAUGGAGACAGUGCAGCUGUGAUUCCUCGGAAACAACCACGCUUGCAGCUGCCUUUCCAGCAGGAGGAACAGAAGACUCUCAGGAGCUAUGAGAACAUUGAGAGCAAGGCCAGAAAAAUUCUGAGCACCUCCAAUCAGAAGAUGACCCACCUCUUUCUGCUGAAGGACUUGCCUGUGCACCUGACCUAUCUCCGGGACCGCUUCACCACUCUCGACUCCAGGCCUGCCUUGGAACCCCUCUACAUUGGGCUCUUUGGGAGCAGUGGCGCGGGGAAGAGCACCCUGCUCAACACCAUCCUGGGCAAACGCUUCUUCCUCCCGGUGUCAGGGACCCGUACGUGCACGUCCUGCCAGGUCCAUGUCAGCGUCUGCAGGAGCAAGCAUUACGAAGCCAAGAUUUUUCUCCUCUCAGAUGAGGAGUGGAAGGAGGAGGUGAGGAACCUGGUCAUGCUCCUGGAGAACAGGCAUGAAAAUAGCGAGACUGAUGGCGAUCUGGAGCAUGCCAUUAAAGUGCUGAAGAAUAUCUAUGGGGAAGGAGCUGAUGAAAAGUCUUACGAAGACCUGAUGAGAACCAAGCCUGUGAUCACUAUUCCUCCCUCAAGAGUUAUCACUCUGAGAAAGACAGAGGCAGAAGACCUCUCCAAUGAGCUGGAUCCAUACAUCCGCAACCAGGAUGGCCUCGAGGGGGUUGGAGUGGUGGACAACUCCCAGUGCAGUGAGCAGACGCGGCUCUGGCCCCUCAUCAAGCAGGUGCAAGUCACUCUCCCCUCAUCCGAUCUGGUGCCUGAAGGUGUCAUCUUUGUGGACAUCCCGGGGACAGGUGAUGCCAAUAAGAAGAGGGAUGAGAUGUGGAAAGAGAGCAUCCUGCAGUGCACAUCCAUCUGGAUCGUCGCUGAUGUUGAGCGUGUUUCUGGGGCUAAAGCACACGAAAUCAUGGUGCAAGAGGCAAUUAAAGCUUGCCAGGUCGGCAAGUGCAGCGAUAUCACCUUCGUGAUCACCAAGAUGGAUAAGAUUAAUGAGGAUGAGUACUUGAGGAGCCACCCAGGGACUUCAAGGGAUGUAAGCAAGCGUGAUGCCAUUCUGGGGAUGAAACAAGACCUGAAAGCAAGAAAGUCCAGAACACUAAGGGAGAGGAUGAAGAGGAAUCUACCCAGUGAUGCAGAGGUCCUGCAGAAGCAGGAGCUGGUUUUCCCCGUCAGUGCCCAGGAGUAUUGGAACCCCACAGUCCUCAGGAGGGAGGAUACAGAAAUCGUCGAGCUGAGAGCCCAUAUCAGGAAGCUCUACCUGGACACAAAGCGAAGUCAGUUACAAGAUUACAUGAAAGAAAUCCUUGUUGUCUUCUCUCUGGUGGAUGUUUAUCACUCCACGCAGCUCAGCCCGAAUCCAUCCGUGAAGAAGGAUGAGCUCGACAGGUUCAUGUCAGAGAAGAUCCAGACUCUGAAGAAUUCGAUUGAGGUCACUUUUGGGCAUAUAGAUACGCCUCUCAUGACCGGGGUGCGGUCUGCCCGAAGCAAGUACAAGAAAAACAUCGAGAAGGUCUUCAUGCAAGGCAGAACGUCCUCUGGCUUCCACAGGACCCUGAAAGCUGUGUGUGUGAGGAAGGGAGUGUACGUGUCCCGUGUCUUCAGUCGCAUAGACAUCAACAACUGUCUGGCUGAACCCAUCUAUGCAGAAAUUGGGGUGAUGUUUGCAAACAUAUUCAGAAAACAGGCACUCACGAGGGCCAGCCUGCAGACCUCAAUCAAUGUGUUCAGCAAGGAGGUAAAAGACAAAUUUAUGGACUUUGGGAAGGUUAUGAAUUUGAGCACGUCCAAGCUCAGCUUUCUCGAGCAAGAGACCGACAUCAUCAUGAGAGCUAUAGAUAGAGAAAUUCUUUUGAAAAAGAAGGCUAUCUAUGAAUCCCUUGAGUUGACCAUCCAAAGCAUCCUGUCGCCGUGUUAUGAAGAGGCUGCUAAUAUACGUGGGAGGGAUGCCUCUGUGCGGAUCAAAGCCACGCUGGAGAAUAACAUUGAUCUGGAGGUGCAGAGGGCAAUGUUUGAAAGAGCAAAGGAGAAGAUGAUGAGCCAGUUCCAGGAUCUGACGGAGCAGAUCACCACCAAGCUCAGCAGGGACUUCCUCAGCAUGCUGGGCAUCACGUUCUGCCACAACGACCAACUGAUGGGUGUGCUGCCAGAUCUUCGGGAAGAAUGCCAAGAAAUCCAGAAUUUGCUGGAAACACUGAGGCAACUGGAAUGACCAGAAAGGCCCUGCCAAGGAGCAGCCCUCUUCCCAUUUUGUUUUUAGUUUUUAUUGCUCUUUAGUCUGUUCGUUGCUUUUCUACCGUGGCCAGCUUGCAAGGGGGGAUUUAAAAGGAGCUAUGGGUUCAGUGGAGCAGGCUUUAAAGAUCUGGGAAGGUGUGGCUCUCCUGUGGGACACAGCACAUCCCAGCCCUCCUUGGGCUUUCCCCCUCGCUGACCUUGGUGCUUGCUGGAGGUGCCACCACGUGUGGACACCAACCAAUUACGUGUAUGGGAUUAAUUGCAUUUGUAUGAAGCAUUCACUGUAGGUCGGGUGUCGUUUUUUUUGUACUUAUUUUUUUUUUUUUUACAAAGGUGAAUGCCUUUUCCCAGUGCCUUUCAGUUCUCAGGUAGAAGCCGGCAGACUGACGCAUACCUGAAGCAACGCUGCAGCCGUGCGCGUGGAAACGGGCUGUGUGGUGCACGGAGACACCCACAGAAGGGCAGCUCUGCUGGAAGUUCUUUGCCUGAGAUCCAAUAAAACACAGAACACAACAAGA